GCUUGCUCGAUAUUCGCGCUGAAAUCAUCUUUGGGUCUUUAUCUGUCGGUCUUUAUCUGUGCCUGUGGUGUUUAAUCUACAGUUAAAUCAUUAUCUGUGCUUCGACUCUCCUUAUGAUAAAAGUUUAGUUUUACUGGGAUAGUUUUGGGUUUAGUCAUUGUUUUUUUUUACUUACCUUACCUUUCCCAUCUUUCUGGCUGUCCUUAAACAAAAGAUUUUAGUUCUCAGUUCGAAUUGAAGAAAGAAUUCGUCGGCAAAAAAAAAUUGUCAUGACGUUGAGCGAUGAAGAUGUGUCGGAUUCGGAUGAUGACAUGAUUUCGUGCCACAUUUGUUUACUGAGAUUUAACACGACGGAUCGAAAGCCAAAAUAUCUUGACUGCCACCAUUACUUCUGUUUCAAUUGCAUUAAAGGAUUUUCCAAGACCAAUAAUGUACAUUGCCCCACUUGCCGAAGUUCGACGAAUAUGUCGGGUCGUCAGAUAGAAGAUUUGGCCACAAACAACAUCGUCAUUCGUUUGGUGACAAUAGCAACCGACCGCGCCCGUGAGCUUGCCGAACGAGGAAAGAAAGAACAAAUGUAUUCUGGCACCCCAAAUAAAAUGCACAUUUCAUUGCAGAGUCCCACCAAUAAAAACAAAGAAAUGUGGUGCACUCAAUGUUCUGUUUUCAGCACGCCCGCUUGUCGACUAAAACGACAUGUCUUGCGUGAUUCCAUUGAAGUAUUAAAAGAAAAUAUGGAAGUAGUGGAAGGAAGAGUUCGUGAGUGUUGUUCUAUGUGGGAUAAAGCUAUCGAAGAUCGCCAACGAGUUCAUCAGUACUACGACGAUAUUUUGAAUUCCAUGCGAAUUGUUCAGAAUGACGUCAUGAACCGAAUUGAAGUGAAUGACAGCAACAUUGCAUUAAUGGAGAGCAGAAAACAAGUCGCUCGUGAUCUAUGCCGCGCUGCUAGUAUUCAGAACACUGAAGAUGAUAUCGCACGUGCCAUGGCAAAAACUAAAAAUGCUAUCGAACAGCUUAAUGGUUGGAACGGAGACGGGAAUCGUUGCCAGUUUGUAUCCCGCCAGCUCUUGCAGAAUCUUAUGACCAUCGAAGAAAAUUGUAUUGACGUAUCAUUUACCAACGGGGAUCCGACCAAGCGUUCACUGCUUUCGAUCGAGUUGCUGAAGCAUUUGCAGCUUUCGUUCAACGGAUUAAACCAACCCGAACCUGUAGUAAAAGCCUGUGUUUCAGUUUUGUCUUUCGUGAUAUUAAAAGUAGCAGAGGAUCAGUCUAAACAGACCAACGGGCAAUUUAAUCGAAACCAAGUAAAUACUAACGGUGGUGGUCUAGUCAACGGAGCCGCAAAUGAGCAAGCGAAUCGUUAUUCCAAUGGAGAAGUAAAAGCACAAGCCAUAGAGUGCAAUAAGCAGAUUCAAAUCAAUCGUAUUGAAAAAAAUAUUCCGAUAAAACCCGCGGCAGGUGGUCCAGUAAAACAACCCCCGAUUCAAGCUAGUAAUCAAAGUAGCAAUGGCCAUGCGAGUCCUAAUAAUAGUGCAGCUGCCAGAGUGCCUGCCAAGCAGCAUGCUGAACCAUCCUCCUUCCGCGAUUCGCUUUUAAAAGCACCAGUCGUCAAAACAACGAACGAAUGGCAAACUGUAACCAAGUCGUCUGGUAAAGAAGUUAAAAGUGUAGUUAAUGGUGGCGGCGGUGGGGAAAGCAGCGGUAAAAAUAAGUGUUACUUUCGUAUGAGCAUCAAUGGAGUUAUGUCAGAAAGGAUUAUUAUUCAACUCGAAAAAGCCAAAGCCCCGAUCAUGUGUGCCAAGUUUAUAGAAAUGUGUACUAUAAAGGAUGGCUAUAAAGGAUCAAAAAUCUAUAAGACAGUUAAAGGCGAAUCAGUGUUUUGCAGUUCCGGUUGGUUUCAUACUUACGCUUUGGAACAGAGAUGCGAUGUAUUUACUGCAGAUAGGUCAGAUGUCUCCGAACAGCGAGGAUCUUUGCGUUUCCAGAUAAAAAAAUCCGAAAAUGGAAUUGCUCAAGUAUCCACCGAGUUCAACGUCAUUCUAGCUAAUCGGCCCCGUCAUCAUAGGUCAACUUCAGUCUUUGCUCAGAUAAUUGAAGGCUUGUCUGUUUUUGACCAAAUAAGUGGAAUGGACAUGAAGCAAAACCGUGUUUUAUUCGCUGAAUGUGGAGUAUGUUAGUUAUCUAUUUCUUUUUCCUGGAUAUUUUCAAAAGGUUUGGAAUUUGAAUGCGUGAAAGCCUUUAAGGUACUCGCACUUUCAAAAAUUCAUUUUUUUUCGUACAUUUUGUGUUAACUCAGUUGAUGUUAUGUUCCACUGGAAUGUAACUCGGGUCUAAAUUUUUUCUCUUCACGUUUUUGAUUCGUUGCUUCUCCGGAAGUGUUAAUAAAGAAAUUUCUGACAUUA